GAUGACGCUGCAUCGCUUGUAUUGACCAAAGGUCUGAACUUUGGGCAAUUUAAACCAGACAAAACUUUUCUAUUUUGAGUAAUAAUUUUAAUUUUAUGAAAUUACAGAUAAAGUAACCUUUCAUAAUGCCACACUGAAUGACGGUGAAAACCUAAAUAAAGAAACCUUUGAUGGCGCAAUGAAUGAUGGUGAGAACCUAGAUGCAGAAGCCGUUGAUGACGUAUUGAGUGAUGGUGAAAACCUAGAUGCAGAACCCUCAUUUGAUGACACAUUGAGUGAUGAUGAAAACACAAUAAGUUUGGAUUCAGCUCCAGUUCAAGAGACCUUCAUUACUUUUGGCUCAAAAACAGGCGAGACUCACUUGCUGGGCUCGGACGAAGAUCACAAUGCCCUUCAUUUGCUCAAAGAUAAGAAUUCUGGGCAAGUAAAACGAGGCAAAGAUACAUUGAGUGAUGCUGAAAAUGUUUGUGGAAAUACAAGUUCUUCAGCUCCAGUUGUAGUGGGAUCCCCUGCUGGUGCCUUGGAAAUAUGCAACAUCGGAACUGAUAAUGUUGGGGUCAUCAGCACAAUUUCUGAAAAAAGUACUGUUGCAUCUGCACUUAAUGAAAAAAAUCUAUUCAACUGGGAUUUUACCAAAAAUAACUGUCAAACGAUGUCAACUUCAUUUGUUGUCAAAACAUUGCCAGGGAAAAGCUUUUUGCCUCUGCUAUCAGUGAAUGAAAAUCAGAGUUCUGAGAAAAUUUCUAGCCAAGGACAUGGAACAAGGGUUGUAGUUGAGCCUUCUCAAUUGCAACUAUUUUCAGAUGCACAAAUUUCUGGCCAGGAGCAUCUAAUAGGAGUUGAAGUUGAGUCAUCUCAAUCGAAACUAUUUUCUGAUGGACAAAUUUCUGGCCCGGAGCAUGUAAUAGCAGUUGAUGUUCAGUCUUCUCAAUCGGAACUAUUUUCUGAUGAACAGAUAUCUGGCCAAGUACAUGUAAGGGUCGAAGCUGAGCCUGCAGUGUGUUUCAAAUUUCUUGCAGAUCAACCGCUGGAUAUUCACAGCGUCAAUGGCCAUGGUUCAUCACAAAAUGAAGACCUAUAUCAUUUACUUAAUUGUGACGAUGAGAAUGAAAGUCUCAAAAUGCUGGUGUCUUGCUUGGACAUACCUGAUGUUGAUUCUCAACAAAGUAAACAAACUACUGCAGAGACACAGGCACAAUGCACACCAACUCUUGCUCAAAGUGAAACACCACCUAAUUGCUUCUGUGGAGUUCCUGCAGUGAGGCGCACUGUAAGGAACCAGCCAAACAUGCAAUUUUUUGGAUGCCCCAACUUUUUUGCUAAAGAUUUCAAGAAAUGUUCUUUCCGUCGAUUCACCAAAGCCAUCAAUACAGACCCAAAUCUAGAAUCCUUAAAAAAUAUGAAAAUCCCAACAGUUAAAACUAAAGGCAGACCAAAGGGUAUGGGGAAAACCACCCAAAUUAGAUUCCUCAAAGGAUCCACUGAUAAACUUUCCAUGGCUAAACCUGCUGGUGCCUACACUACUCCCUUCCAAUCACGAAAAGUUAGGGGAGAGAAAAUUUGUGACAUGGAUAUCACGGACAAUAGAGAUGGUUCUUACAGGGUUGUUUCCCAAACCAAUAAAGCCACUUCCUAUGUCGUGACACAAAAUUCGUGUACUUGCCCAGACCCGAUAGAAGUUUGCAAGCACAUCUACAAAAUUACCUCAAAAUUACAUUUCCUGUUCAUUUCUCCUUUUGCUCAUGUGUACUUCUGA